AUGACCUACUACUACCACACAGAUCCAGUAACAAUUUUUGUCAACGACGAUAAGGUGAUAGCAGCGUUUGCUGUUAUCUGCGCAGGGCUCACGCUCUUUUAUAUUAUAAGGAAUCAGGACGUUGGCUUAUCUAUCUAUAAACUCCUAAUUAAUGGAAUGGCUCUAACUUUUUCCAUAUUAGACAUCAAGAGCAAAACAGUGGACUAUAUAUAUAAUGUUCUCGAUGAGGAUGUUCAGAUAAUAACUUACGGAUUGACGCCAACAAUGCUAUUGACGUUGACGUUAUAUACGCUAAAGCGUACACGAUUUAAUGAUGGCGAUGCUAUUUUUGGCACAAUUUUGCUGAUUAUUACUUGGUUGUCUGUAAUUGGUCGUUUGGUAAUCAGAUUGACUCCGGCUGGAUUGAAUCUGUUAAUUUUAACAUAA